AUGGCCACCGACUCAGCCUCCUGGACAACAGUUCAGGAAUUUCUACAGAACAACGAUCAACAAACUAUUUCUUGUUUCAACCAAGUCAACUGGGAUCAGCUGUGCCGAAUUGCCUCAGGUGCCAACUGCAGCCUGGAAUGUGUUGCUCUGGAUCAGGUCGCAAAUGGACUCAACAACAUUGUCCGUCAACUUGAGUUUUCUGACAAGACACGAUGGGCAGCUCGGAUUCCCAUUAUAAGAGGCCCGUUAUAUAAUUCCUUUUGGACCAAUUUGCAAAAUGAAAUUGCAACCAUGCAAUUCAUUCAAGAGGCCUCCAGCUUACGGGUACCCCGAAUCUUUGCAUAUGACACAGAAGUGAACAACGCUGCAAAAUCUGCCUUCAUGCUUAUCGAAAUUCUUCCCGGCAUCGUUGCUAUGGAUGCUCUCGGAGGUCACAAAUUACACCGUGGUGUGAUACCCGUGGAGUAUCGAAAACCCUUCUAUCGAUCUGUUGCCGAGUGUCAUGUCCAGAUGACUUCACUGCGACUCCCAAAGAUUGGAACUGUUAUCCGAAGGGAUGAUGGUGUAUUCGAGUCGGGUCCUAUUCCGGGGAUCGGCGGUCCGUUCGAUACAGCGACGGCCUUUUUUGAGGCAUGGGCUGAUAAGGUCAAGUUCAAGCUCGACAAGGAAACAAUCACCAAAAUGAUGGAGAGAGGCCCAAUCACAGCAGAAGAAACGCUCCAAAUUAUCGACGAGUUCCCAUCGCAGAUCAAAGACAUGGCUAAACAUCUUCCCUUUCGCAACGAGGGACCAUUUCCUCUAUGCCAUGAUGAUUUCCUCCAUAGUAACAUCAUGGUCGACGAAGCCAGCUUCAUCGUAACAGGAAUCAUCGAUUGGGAGGGGGCAUGCACGGUUCCCUGGGGACUCAUUGCGUACCCCGAGUUUCUUCAAGUCAUGCCUCCAUCGUUUGGCUUGCCCCAGGACUACGACCAAGAUGGGCAACCCCUUGAUGAAUUUGUGAAGGAAAUGUGGCGGGAGCGGAAAGACUAUGUUGAGAUGGUGAAGAGAGUGGAAGGUGAAGACAGCUUGCUUUCAAACUCUCUUAGUAAUAACCUAAACCAGGCAUUGGCGUACUCGUAUGGAGCGUACGAUAAUGGAAAAUUGGGAUUCUAUGAUAGAGUAGCAAUGGAGUUGAAAAAGGCAUGUAAGAAUACAGUAAUUAGCUGA